AAUAAAGGAGUUGGCAUUUUAAAUUUGUUCAUUAUUUAUUUGAAAUUUUAAAAAAGCAAUAACGUCUUGCUAGAUUUAAACACAAUAGUUAGGUUUCUAAUUUAAAGAUUUCAAUCUGUGAUUGGUGGUUUUUUUUUUUUUUUAUUUAGAUAUUCAGUGUUAGGUUGUAGUAAUUAACGUUAGUUGCAACACGAUGAAGGAGCGUAGGACUGACGCUUUAUAGACCUCCUUUCUUAGUAGCAUUUUCAAUAUUUAAAUACGAGAAGCAGCAUCAUCCACAGUGCUGGUUUGUAUGUUCCCGAGACUCCGAUGAGGGAGUACAAAGUUGUGGUCCUGGGGAGCGGAGGGGUUGGCAAGUCGGCUCUCACGGUGCAGUUCGUGACUGGGACGUUUAUCGAGAAGUAUGACCCGACCAUCGAAGAUUUCUAUCGGAAAGAGAUCGAGGUGGACUCCUCGCCCUCGGUGCUGGAGAUCCUGGACACGGCGGGCACAGAGCAGUUCGCCUCCAUGCGGGACCUGUACAUCAAGAAUGGCCAGGGGUUCAUACUGGUCUACAGCCUUGUCAACCAGCAGUCAUUCCAGGACAUCAGGCCCAUGAGGGACCAGAUUGUGCGAGUGAAGCGCUAUGAGAAGGUGCCGCUGAUCCUGGUGGGGAACAAGGUGGACCUGGAGAGCGAGCGCGAGGUGUCCGGGGCAGACGGGCGCGCCCUGGCCCAGGAGUGGGGUUGCCCGUUCAUGGAGACCUCUGCCAAGAGUAAGACCAUGGUGGAUGAACUGUUUGCUGAGAUUGUGCGGCAGAUGAACUACGCCUCGCUGCCCGAGAAGCAGGACCAGUGUUGCACCACCUGUGUCGUCCAGUGAGGGCCCAGCAGGGAGGACCUGGAACCGUGGCCACACCAAAAACAG